AUGGGGCGCUCGGCAGCCGACUGCGCCACCACGGCGAGGCACGCCCUCGAGAUGCUGCCGCUGCUCGCGUGCGACGCGAUCCUCAUCCUCUCGGACCACGGCCAAAGCGGCGAUCCGACCCACGCCGACUCGCUCGCCCUCGCUGCUCUGAUGCUUACUCGCGACAUACAGCGGCGCUGGUGCCACGACCCGACCACCACGCUGCCGCCGCUCGCCGAGGGAAUUCCGCUCGAGCUCGCGUCGGACCGUCGCCCGCGGCUGGACGACGCCAAUCCCACGUCGGCGGGCGGCGCUUCCCCCUCUCAUUGGCACACCCUCCGGCAGAGCCACCGGAGCGGCCGCCGCCGGCGCGCAUCACGCGAGCUCAACUCGGAGUGCACCGUGGUCACCGAGCUGAGAGAUAUCUCACUCCAGCGCAACGUGCGGGCGAGCGGCCUCGCCGAAGGCGACUUUGUCGCAUCCAAUGAGCUGGUGAGCCCGAUCCUGAAUACCCUCCUCGAGUCGACGGGGCCGAGCCUCCUCAUCCACCCGUCAACAAAGUAUGUCAAGGACGGAAGGUGCUGCAGCUUCCUCAAGCUCGCCUCCAAGGCGCUCGCCUAUGGCGAGAUCGCGAUCGGCUACCUCGUCGACGGCAAGACCCUCGUGCUCAACCCGCGCGACAAGGCCGAGAAGCUGAUCAAUUGGCACCACGGCGACACGGUCGCGGUCAUUGCCAUGCUGCCGCCCUCGGGGACCAAGACGUCGGCCGAGGCGAGGUGGUGA